GUAUUACCACCAGAUUCCAAGACCAAUCGACUUCUACGAUAUGGAAGUAGGCAGGCACGCAAGCCGAGACCCGAGAAUGACAAGUUCAAAUACAGAAACAGUUUGCCUGCGAUCAGAAAUCACGAGGCCUUAGACCGAUUGAGGCAAGAGAGCGCACACAGAGAAACUAGCAGCAACAAGAGUGAUAAUUCGCAGGACUCAGACCAAGAAAAAGUCACGAUCCAUAGAUCACUCAACGUCGACGAUAAAAAGACCAAGUUGUACGAAUUGCAUGCUAAACCUAGUUAUAAGGAAAUGAAAUAUGAUAUAGUUUUCGAGGAUGACAUUUAAGCCAUAAUGGAAGGGUAAUAUUGUAACUUAUUCGUUUUGUG